CCCAGGUUCAUCCAACAAUCUUUACUCUAUUUCCAUCCGCCGCACACAAUGGUUGCAACAAAAGCGUUGAUAUCCCUGUGUGUGGUUGGUCUUACCCUAGGGCAGGGGCAUAUCAAUGAACAGGUCAUUGUAACAAAUGUUGUGACUGCUCUUCAACCAUCUAUUGCCCAAGCAGUUGCCAAUGCUUUGAGAAACCUUGGAGGAAGUUUCUCUUCUACCGGGUUUGCAGCUGGCAGCUCUUCAGGAUCAGCCCAAGGAUUCAGCUCAUUCGGAUCAUCUUCUACAUCUGCUCAAGGAUUCAGCGCAGCUGGAGCAUCUGCUUCAAGACCUGGAGGUUCCAACAGACCAGCUGGUGUUGGACCUGCUGGUAUUGCUGUUGCAGCUCGCCCUGAAUACAAUUUUGAGUAUAAGGUUGCUGAUGAGGAGGAGCAGACCUUCAUCAGCCAGUCAGAGAAGAGGGAUGGUGAUGAUGUCACUGGAACCUACUCUUACAUUGACCCAACAGGAUCUCUUAUCACUGUCAAAUACCAGGCAGGGGCUAUGGGAUUCACCCAGAAUAUAGAAAAGCAGGAGGGAGCUGUUCAGAUCAGAGCCCGUUCAUCUCAUGAUGGAGCAGGUACCAGAGUUGCAAUUAGAACCACUAGUUCUUCUUUCAAUAGAAACAGUAUUAGCAGUGAGCCUAGCAAUGUUAAGAACAACAUCAACAACUUUUCUGGAACUGCCACCACCUCUUCUGUAGAUCAGUCUGUUUUGGUUUCUCAAAUUAUCGCUGCUCUUCAGCCCAGGAUUUCCCAGGCUGUCAACAGCGCCAUCUCUAGACAGUCAAGCUUCUUCAGCUCCUCCAGUGGCGCUGUUCAGACCAACCCUGCAACUGCUCAGACUGACCAGAUUGACCUGAUUGACCUGAGAGCUUAGGAUAUAUGAAUACAUGUUAUUGAUCAA